CUCGGAUUUCAACCUUUAGGACAUGAUUUUUUUUUUUUAUUAUUAUUAAAAACAUCUCAUCCAAAAAUUAACCAAUCGUACACCGGGUGAGAAAACAAAAAAAGAAAUCGAGUAUUUAAAUAUAGGAUUAUUUUAAAUAAAAUUGGUUUGAAAAAAUGAAAAAUAAAAAUAAUCCAAAGUGUAUGUGGCAAAAAAAUAUAGGUUGAUAUAAGUGGCAUCGCAAAGCGAAAAAUAGCUGGCUUAAAGCUGUCCUUUUUUAUUUACACAUAAAAAAAAAUUUCUGAGUUUUUCUUCAUUUCCAUUUUCUGCUAUCUUCUUAACUCUCUCUGCUCAUAUCCAUUAAAUUUUAUCCCUUGAACUCCAUUCAUAUUAAUCAUCACUUGUAUGUAAUAAAGGUGGAAGAGAAAGUAGAGAUUUUGGGGAGAUAAAAGAAGAAGAAGGUGAAGGAGUUGCUGUGAAGAAUGAGUGCUUCUAGGUUCAUAAAGUGUGUUACUGUGGGUGAUGGAGCUGUGGGUAAAACUUGUCUGCUCAUCUCAUAUACCAGCAACACUUUUCCCACUGAUUAUGUCCCAACAGUAUUUGACAAUUUUAGUGCUAAUGUGGUUGUUGAUGGGAGCACUGUUAAUCUGGGUCUCUGGGAUACCGCAGGUCAGGAGGAUUACAAUAGAUUAAGACCAUUGAGCUAUCGUGGGGCAGAUGUAUUUAUACUGGCAUUUUCUCUCAUUAGCAAGGCGAGCUAUGAAAAUGUCUCUAAAAAAUGGAUUCCUGAAUUGAGGCAUUAUGCUCCUGGAGUUCCAAUUAUUCUUGUUGGAACAAAGCUUGAUCUCCGAGAGGAUAAGCAGUUCUUUGUCGACCAUCCAGGUGCCGUUCCGCUUACCACAGCUCAGGGUGAGGAGCUGAGAAAGUCGAUUGGUGCUGCUGCUUACAUUGAAUGUAGUGCAAAAACACAACAGAAUAUUAAGGCUGUUUUUGAUGCUGCCAUUAAGGUGGUACUACAACCACCCAAGCAAAAGAAGAAGAAGAAGAGAAAGGGUCAGAAAGCCUGCUCUAUCUUGUGAUUGCUUAAAAACAUUAGCUGGGUGAAGGAGAUGUAGAUUGAUGAUUAUCAAAGUCUUCCAUGUUCAGAAAAAUGCAACGUAAGGUUCAAUAUUGUUAGUCUUGACUGACUAUAACCGGAAAGCAUCAACCUUCAAUUGUCUGUAUGAUUGAUUAUAGGCCGGGAUGAAUAUUUGUGAUCCAAAGUAUGGUUGGGGGUUACAAAUGUGCAAAAAUCAUCUCAGUUCGUUUUAAAUCUGUAAAAUCUAUUACCAUAUGUAGUAACAUUAGUAUGAUGAUUUCUUGUCUUUGCAUCUGUUAUAUGUACGUAGUUAUGUACCUGAACAUAUUGAUUUAGGUUGUUCAAGAAGUUGGAUUUGCUAUUGUCAUUGUUUUGAAACAUAAAAA